UCACAUAAAAAAGAAGAAGAAAACUCCAUCUCUCCCUUUCUUUUCUUUUUCUUUCUCUCUGUAUUAUAUGCAUUUUUCCGGCCCAAAAAUAAGAUUAGAUGAGAUACGUACAUAGCUUAGCUUCAUGAUCUGCAUCUUCUACUUGUAACCCCUUUAUUUCUUCUCUCUCUACAAUCACAGACACAAACACUCUUUGUCUCUCUACAAAUGGAACCCAACAACGUUCAAAAUAAUGCUCAAGUUUCAUCUGAAGAUCUCUGCCAGUCCGACCAGCGUCUUUAUUUUGUUCCUUACAGGUGGUGGAUGGAUGCCCAAGAUUCAAUUGAAUCUGAUGAGAAGAGGGGGGUUCUUUAUACGGGUGCUUCCGGUUCUUCGUAUGGGGGGCCUAUGAAGCUUAUCAACAACAUUUUUAACUCGGAUCUUGCGUUUAAUUUGAGGAGAGAAGAGGAAUCGCUGCAGAAUGGCGAAAAUGGCGAAGUUGGCGUCUCGGGGGGAGACUAUGCGUUGGUUUCUGGUGAAAUGUGGUUGAAGGCGCUUAAAUGGCAUAGUGACGCUAAAGUUGCAUCCAAGGGUAGUAAAACCUUUUCUGCUGCAGAAGAUGAUAUGUCAGAUGUCUAUCCGCUGCAGCUAAGGCUUUCUGUUUUGCGAGAAGUGAACUCAUUAGGCGUUAAAAUUAGCAAAAAGGACAAUACAAUUGAACUUUUCAGAAGAGCCUGCAAGAUAUUCAAUGUUGAUUCUGAGACGUUACGCCUAUGGGACUUUUCAGGGCAAACAGCCCCAUUUUUUGUAAAUGAGAAAAGUAAAUCCCCAAAAGACUCUCAGCGGCAAUUGGAUCAAGAGGUUCUCCUGGAGUUACAAGUUUAUGGAUUGUCAGAUAACAUGAAAUGCAGAGAAGGGAGAAAGGAUGAUGCUGCAUCACAUUAUAAUGGGACAAAUUCUUCUGGAACUUUACUUAUGAAUGGUAGUUCCGGCAGUAUUACCACCAGUUUUUUCCGUAGUAAUUCUUCAGCUCUGUUUGGAAAAUCUGGAGAAACAGGCUCUUUGGGAUUGACAGGAUUGCAGAAUCUUGGAAAUACUUGCUUUAUGAACAGUGCCAUUCAGUGCCUAGCACACACACCAAAGCUUGUUGACUAUUUUCUUGGAGAUUAUGGGAGGGAAAUAAAUCAUGACAAUCCAUUGGGCAUGGAUGGUGAAAUUGCCCUAGCUUUUGGGGAUUUAUUGAGAAAUUUAUGGGCUCCUGGAGCAACUCCAGUUGCACCUAGAACGUUCAAGUCAAAGCUUUCUAGAUUUGCUUCUCAAUUUAGCGGAUUUAAUCAACAUGAUUCUCAGGAACUCCUUGCUUUUUUGUUGGAUGGUCUCCAUGAGGAUCUCAAUCGCGUAAAAAAAAAGCCUUAUGUUGAAGCCAAGGAUGGAGAGGGUAGAUUGGAUGAAGAAGUUGCUGAUGAAUAUUGGCAGAAUCACGUGGCUCGCAACGACUCCAUCAUUGUUGAUAUCUGCCAAGGUCAAUAUAAAUCAACAUUAGUAUGUCCCGUUUGCAAGAAGGUGUCAGUUACAUUUGAUCCAUUCAUGUAUGUGUCACUACCUUUACCUUCAACGAAUACACGAACUAUGACUUUGACAGUUGUGAGUACUGAUGGAAGUAGCCAACCAUCUCCAUAUACCAUUUUUGUACCAAAGUAUGGAAAGUGUGAAGAUCUUACCCAAGCUUUAAGCAUUGCAUGUUCAUUGGGGAUUGAUGAGACACUCUUGUUAGCAGAGGUAUACAAUAACCGCAUUAUACGAUAUCUGGAGGAGCCAUCUGAUUCUUUAUCAUUAAUUAGAGAUGGUGACCGAUUGGUUGCUUAUCGAUUAAAGAGGGAAUUGGACAAUGUCCCAUUGGUUGUAUUUAUGCAUCAGCAUAUGGAGGAGCAGUAUAUCCUUGGGAAACACACUUCAAGUUGGAAGGCAUUUGGGAUUCCUCUUGUAGGACCAGUCUAUGAUCUCAUCAAUGGAUCUGGCAUCCACAACCUGUAUCUAAAGUUGCUUAGUCCAUUUCACGUACCAUUUGAUGAUAAUAAGGGCAAUUUGGAUACCGCAAUUUGCACUGCAAAUGAAGAAGUUACAGAAAUGGAGGAUAACAAUGGUUCUGCUUUAGAAGGAAAUGCAAGUUCUUCCACUCCAGAAGAGGCCAACUCACGCUCAAACAACGUACUACAGUUCUAUUUAACAGAUGAGAAGGGACUGGUCAAGGACAUGAUGAUUGAUAUGAAUGAGCCAGUACCAAUGCAAGGAGCGCCCAAACGGUUAAAUAUCCUUGUAUGUUGGCCUGAAAAACAGAUUGAGCAGUAUGAUAUUCGACUUCUUAGCUCAUUAUCAGAGGUUUACAAGUCUGGUUUUCUUGCAAAGAGACCCCAGGAAUCCGUCUCUUUGUACAAGUGUCUUGAAGCAUUUUUGAAGGAGGAACCUCUUGGACCAGAUGACAUGUGGUUCUGUCCGAGCUGCAAGAAGCACCGGCAAGCCAGUAAAAAGUUAGAUCUUUGGAGACUGCCAGAGAUUCUGGUUAUUCAUUUAAAGCGGUUCUCUUACACCCGAUAUAUGAAGAACAAGCUUGAGGCUUAUGUCGACUUCCCUGUUGAUGAUCUUGAUUUGUCAGCAUACAUUUCCUACAAGAAUGAUCAAUCAUCUAAUCGUUAUAUGCUUUAUGCUAUCAGUAAUCACUAUGGAAGCAUGGGAGGAGGUCAUUACACUGCAUUUAUCCAUUCCUCUCUUUUUCAUGUCCCCUGAACACACACAAAUAAACACUCAGAGAUUCUUGUCAUCACUGAACGAGUAAACAAUGGUCUAUAUUCUGGGUUGUGCAAAUAUAGUUUAUGUAGAUGAAGCCUUCGACCGUAUGACAGGGCAUGCUGCUCCAUGCAUGCAGAUGAAGUGACGUCAGGAAGGUCUUGUUUAAUGAGUUUAUCAUUUUUUGCACUUUAUAAUAAAGUUCGCUACUGGCCUCUAGCUGUAGCCAAAACUAAUAGCUUAACAUUAGUUCAGACUCUAAAAAAUAAGCCUGAAAGCAAUAGGUCAACAAGCUACAGUAUUUUACUUAAGAGUCUCAAAAAGUGACAUGAGGAAUAUCAGAAACAUGUUAGGAACCAUUGCACCAAAAGUCAACCCAAUCAAUACUCUUGCUAGUAAAGCAUUCUUUGCAUCUUUUCACCAAGUUGUACAUAUGCAGAUUGCUGCUAUUAGUCAGUAUCUGAAAAACCCUACUGCCUGCCUUUAGAAUAGCCGUGGGAAUAUCCUGUUUCAUGCAAGCUUGUGGUCAUAAAAGAUGCCCGGAAGUAUCCCAGCAACAGAAGCAUAAGAUCCAGCAAUAGCAGCAAAAUCUGUAAUCUGCAUGCCCUUCCUGUUUAUGACUACUUUUAAUCGUGUUAGCAGUACUAGACCUAUGCUUCUAGGCACCAUAAGAAUUUUUUCUUGCCAUUUUACUGGUAUGGUUUUCAUUUAGUCCAUGUUUUUGGGCGGAGGUCGGCGUAAAACAUUUGGUAAUGUGGCUGAGAAUUUCAUCAGCAUUCACAACCUAAGCAGUAGUUAGUAUUGCAACAUCUUAUUCUUUGUAGAAUUUCAUUGUCAUUUCUUUUGUAUGGAUUUGCAGCAAAUUGAAUACUUUUCCUGGAAAAAGAAAUAGGUUUUUGUUAUAUGACUAUAGCGCAAAAGGAUGAGGCUUAAUCUAACUCAUGACAGUUUAUUGUAUAUAUAUAUGACCUUAUGUAGUU